ACCGCGAUGCGCGAUGUGAGCGCGUCAAUCGAGAGCCUUGUCACGUCCCUUGUACCCCAAACUCAGUCCAAUUCACGUCUUAAAGAUGAACUCAUAGUCCAUUGCAAAGAUAUUCUCGCAAGUAACAUUGGCACCGCACACGAGAAUGACACUGGUCAUCUCGCUGCACAAAUCAAGAGACAUCUGUUACAAUCUGAAUCUCCGAGUAAUGCAUCACUCAAGUUCACAAAUCUCCUCUCGAGAUUAUUAGACCAACCCGUUCUCUCUCGCAAACCCGAGUCCCUUCUCUUCCUCCAUUCUCUCGCAUCUUCUCCACGCCAGCCUACCUCAAGUCCAUUCCUCGCGUCUCUCCAGGUUCCACUUCGUCCUUCCACGACUCCUUCCACGACUCCUACCGAUCUUCCCCGCUCCACACAGCCAAAGGGCAGUUCAAAGGCAGAAAUACUUCGCGAAUAUCGCGCCCGUACCGGACGACCUCAUCUCCCUGAACACUUACUUCUUCGCGAUACCUUAUACCUCUUGCAGGGAAUUUCUGGGAAAUAUGUACACCUUUCGCUUUCAGACAAAGACGACCAACCCAAACUCGUCUUUGUCGAAGAUUCUAAAUAUAUCAUCCCGCCCCCAACUAGAUCCCUCAUCCAUCGCCUUUCCGAGGUAGGUCAUCUCUACGCGCGCAUAGCUGCGUUUGUCAGCACGCAGGAUCGUCCUACUAUCGGCAUGAUAGAGCAAAGCCUUUGUCAUCACCUCCAGACCCUGCUUACAGAAUAUUACCGACUCAUCGCUGUUCUAGAGUCUCAGAUGGGCAUCUCAACUCCAGGCUCCCAAUCAGAUCCUGUAGGAGAGGAGACUGGCCUCACCCUAAAACGCCUGGACGUCUGGGUAACAGAAUGGCGUCUCCGCAUGCGCAUGAUGAGCGUGUGCGUCGAGGGCGCCCAUGACGCACAGGGUGGGGCACUCGUUAACCUUAUACAUUCGUAUACCGACAAUGGAGACCCAUUCGUCAGGAAAUUUACUGAUCAACUUUUGGAAGAGGUCUCCACACCCUUCUUCAAUACGCUGCACAAAUGGCUCUUUUCCGGCGAGCUCUACGACCCCCACUCUGAAUUCUUCGUUUCCGUCGACCCCUCACUUGCGCAUCUGCAAGGCCUGCAUCCCUCAAGUCUUGCAGGCGGUAUCGACGCAUUCGGCGAGGACUCUGUUAGCGCGGACAGAAGUGAAGGCGGCGGCGGUCUACGCGUGUGGGAGGCAAAGUAUCACUUUAGAAAAGAGAUGCUCCCGAUGUUUGUUGGCGAGAAUUUUGGAAGAAAGAUAUUUUCGACGGGAAAGAGUUUGAAUUUUAUUAGGUACAGUUGUCACGAUUCGGAUUGGGUGGCAACGAGGGAGAAGAUGAGUAAUACGGGCGGAAUCCUCAAGUACAGCGAUAUCGCAGGUCUCGAGCGCAGCAUCGAUAGCGCAUACAACACCGCCUCUGCUCGCCUGUUUGAAGUCUUCACCGAGAAAUUCCGCCUUCUCGAUCAUCUCUCUGCGCUCAAGCACUACCUCCUCCUUGGUUACGGUGAUUUUGCUGAGCAGCUCAUGGAAGCGCUUGGGCCCUCUCUUGCCCGCCCUGCCAACACCCUCUACCGACACAACCUCACAGCAACGCUCGAGACAGCGAUCCGCACCUCGAGCGCGCAAAACGACCCCCCAGAUGUCCUUCGCCGUCUCGACGCUCGCAUGUUAGAGUACACUCACGGCGAGCUCGGGUGGGACGUCUUCACACUUGAGUACAAGGUCGACGCGCCCCUCGAUACCCUCCUCGACCCUGGGUCUCUAGAGAAAUACAAGCGGAUCUUUGCACAUAUGUGGGCGAUGAAGCGCGUAGAAGGCGCGUUGAGUAGCGGCUGGAUGAAGGUUGCGGGUGCAGGAAGAGUCGGAGGGAGGCUGGAAGAACUGGAGUACGACUGGCACCAGAUCCGGAUCACAACUUCAGAAAUGAUCCAUUUUAUGCGCCAAAUGCAGGCGUACACACAGCUCGAAGUCAUCGAGUGCUCGUGGAAGGGUCUCAUGGAAUUCUUUGCAAAACGGGAGGGCGAUCUUGACGCUAUGAUCGACGCACAUCAAUUGUAUCUCGAUCGUAUGGUCAAGAAGGUGUUGUUGAUCACACCAAAGGCAGGGAGAGAGGAGAGCCUCUUGACCCAAGUCCGGGAGGUUUUCUCAACGAUACUGCAAUUUCGCGAAGCAAUUGACAAUUUCUACAACUACACACUAUCCGAGUCUGCUCGGUUAGAUCAAGCGCGGGAUGCCGCCCGCGGGGUGUACACCGCACCCGCCUCACUAGCUCACACCCAGUCGCUUUCUCAGAUUCGCAAGCUUCUCAGGGAAUAUAGCACUGCAUUCAGUGACCGUAUGCAAAUUAUCGUGCAGGCCUUGCAGUCACAUCCGGAUUUGGAUUGUCGGUUCCUUGGCAUACGCCUCUCGUUUUCCGAGUUUUAUCGUUCGAAAAAGUAAGGAAGUUCUUUCAACGCAAAGAUAGGCAGAAGAGAGGAAAUACGCUAAGGAUACAGUAGGGAGAGGGAUGAGAAACAGUGAUGCAGGUCCAGGUGAAUAGCUGUAUCUUCGGUUCUCUGUACAGCUUGAGUGCGAGGGAGGAGCAAAUCACAGAUACAGAUCUAGAGUAACACGUCGUUAAAUGUUUUACGGUUGAUCAAGAGCUACUUACGAUAAUGCCAUGGCCAACGACGC